GACGUCGUGCGGGGCGGGUCCGGCCGCGCACAAUGGGCCAUGGAGUUCCCGUUCGAUGUGGACGCGCUGCUCCCGGAGCGGAUCACAGUGCUGGACCAGCACCUGCGGCCCCCGGCCCGCCGACCCGGAACCACAACGUCGGCUCGUGUUGAUCUGCAGCAGCAAAUUAUGACAAUUGUAGAUGAACUGGGCAAGGCAUCUGCCAAGGCUCAGCAUCUUUCCGCUCCCAUCACCAGUGCAUCGAGGAUGCAGAGUAACCGCCAUGUUAUUUAUGUGCUCAAAGACACUUCAGCCCGACCGGCUGGAAAAGGAGCCAUUAUUGGUUUCCUCAAAGUUGGAUACAAGAAGCUCUUUGUACUGGAUGAUCGUGAGGCUCAUAAUGAGGUUGAACCACUUUGCAUCCUGGACUUUUACAUCCAUGAGUCUGUGCAACGCCAUGGCCAUGGGCGAGAACUCUUCCAGUAUAUGUUGCAGAAGGAGCGAGUUGAACCACACCAACUGGCCAUUGACCGACCAUCACAGAAGCUGCUGAAAUUUCUGAAUAAGCACUACAACCUGGAGACCACAGUCCCACAGGUGAACAACUUUGUGAUCUUUGAAGGCUUCUUUGCCCAUCAACAUCGGCCCCCUACUCCCUCUCUGAGGGCAACUCGACACUCCCGUGCUGCCUCGGCCGGUCCCACGCCCGCCGCUCCACCAAGGAAGCUGCCACCCAAGAGAGCAGAGGGAGACAUCAAGCCAUACUCCUCUAGUGACCGAGAAUUUCUGAAAGUAGCUGUGGAGCCUCCUUGGCCCCUAAAUAGAGCCCCUCGCCGUGCCACGCCUCCAGCUCACCCACCCCCUCGCUCCAGCAGCCUGGGAAACUCGCCAGAACGGGGUCCCCUCCGCCCCUUCGUGCCAGAGCAGGAGUUGCUGCGUUCCCUGCGCCUCUGCCCCCCGCACCCCACCGCCCGUCUUCUGCUGGCUGCUGACCCUGGGGGCAGCCCAGCCCAACGUCGCCGCACCAGCUCCCUCCCCCGCUCUGAUGAAAGUCGAUACUGACAGCCACCCUCUCGCCUCCCCAGGAGACCCCCUCCCUGAGAACCUCAGACCCCUUCUUCUAUUGCAUCCUCUAGGACCCAGUGGAAGCUAACAGAGCCCACAGGAUUCCCUCUUCCUCCUUUUUUUGGACAACUGGGUUGUCAGGGUCCCAAAUGGCCUAACACUUUGUAGCUUUUCUUACCACGGAAAUCACCCCUUCUCACCUAACUUGGGCUCUGAAUACUCUCCCCACAGACAGCCUGAUCUGUUGCCAGCCCCCUUGGUUGGGUGGCUCAUACUCAUUUUCUAGAGAAGCACUCUUGCUUGCUGUCACUCUAGAAUACCAUGGAAGGUCCAACGGCUUCCUCUGCGAGGGAAACCUUUUAAGGAGUCUCACCCAUGGAAUAAACCCCAUAUUUCCCCACUGUAGUGUCUGUUGGUGGCUCUAACACUGCUUCGUGCUGCCUGCCACGCUUGCCGUUUGGGCCUGCCAAUGCCAGCCAAUGAGUGGGCUCUGCUUCAGAGCAGUCCAGUUAAGUAGGACAGGGACUUACCAUCUCUCCAAAGGGAUCCACUCAACAUUGCCAGACUCUUAAUUUCCACGUGUUUUGUGUGUCAGGAAAUCCCAAAUCGACGUUGCUUUGGGGUCUCUAAAGGAGACUGGUUACACCACCACUUCCUCCAGAUCCAGAGUCUCUGAGGGAGUUUGGUUUUUGGCAGUAGAUCCCAGCAAGCACCCCAGGAUCACUCUUAGCCAUUUUUCAGAAAAUAAGCCAAGGAUCUAUUAGAUCCUGGAAUCCCCUGUCACACCAUCCUUCCCUGGAAGCUAGAUGCUAAUAUAUUUGUGUCUUUUGAAACGGUCUUGAGAUGAGAGACCAUGCUUCCUCUGGCCUUCCUCUCUCCUUUCCUCUGUAGCAAGAACCUCCUUCCCUGCUCUGUGCCCAGGGUAUAGUUAGAUCCUCCCCUCCCUACCCUCUGAAUGUGUGGUAGAUCAGGUACCCUCGCUGUGUUCCCUCAAAUCCUUGGGAGCCGGAUCUCCCCUCCCCCCACUCACUCCUCCUUUUUCUUCUUCCACUCAGUGUUGUCUGAAUAAAGUGUGAAUUCCUUUGCAUUUUCUAAAUUGACAUUUUCAGUGAAAAAAAAAAGAACCACACACAAGAAAACAAACUUAAGGUGUCAGCCUCGUUUGUGCAUUACCCCGUAUUUUCCUGGGAUCUCAGAACUUCUAUCCCUCUCAUUUUCUUCACUUCUGAGGUCUGCAGAUCUUUUACCACGGAGCCUCAGAGCUCCCUUUCCAGGAUCUGGUUUCUGCCCACAUCCAUCUUCAUUGCUGGUUCUUCUGCGGAGUCUUGUGUUUCCUCUCAUGUAGUUGCUGGAUCCCUCUGUGUAGGCUUCUCUACCUACUCCCCAGGCCCUCCAGGAACCUCUAGUUCUCCCUAGUGACUUCUACCCCUUACCCUAGGCCAGCCCUUUCUGAGAUGUCAAGACUUACCAACAUCUCUCGAUUCCUCUUCCCGGUCUGUGAUUGCCUGACGUGUGCCUCCCUGUGCCCUUGGAUCUCUCUCCCUUACCUCCACUGAGAGUCCAACACAGUCUGUCACCCUAUUCCCGAGGCUACUUUCCUUUUCCUCCUAAAUUUGGCCUUGUAACUCCCUAUUUCCCUCUGGUCUGAGAUAUGUUAUACUUGGGGUAACCAUGUUUUCUGAGCGAAAUAUCAGGGCACCUGGUCCUACAAAUUCCUUUUUGCCUAUAUGUGAGUCUGUUCUUACGAUUUGGAUCACAUUUAGCCAUACAUUUAACACCUUACCUCAGCCAGAAAUAAAGCAACAAAUCAGGAUUGCUCCAGAAAAUCUUGGGGUAUAUAAUGAGCUCCCCCUCUUUUUUGGGAGCUCAGCUUAGAUUAGAACCCCUUAGGAAUAAUAAUUGUCCCCUUCUCUCUGUUCCUGUCCUGUUCCUCUCCUCUGAUUCCUCCAUACCCACCCAUCUUUCAUCCUGUAGCCUCUUCCCCAUCAUCUCCCGUUUCUU